ACAAAACUUGCUUCACCAGCAAUAUGGCUGUCAGUAUAAAUGUGGUGCUUGUAGGAUGUAUCCCUCUCCGUAUUUUAAGAGAACAAAACGUCAGCAGCACCGAGCCCGGUGGCUUGAUGUAAUGCUAACCGGCAGCUCUAACGCAUGGGAAACAGCAAUGCGUGUCGGUUGAUGGACAUUACGAGUCAAUUAAAUUUUAACAAAAUUUUCCCUUGUGUGUUUAUUAUAAAUCUACAGCCACUAUAGACAUUUUACUUACCUUCAAAUAUGACAUCAAGAUUGGAUAGACUUUUCAUAUUGUUAGAAACUGGUACAAAUGCAGUUACAAAACGUGCUGCAGCUCAACAGCUGGGAGAGGCUCAACGUUUACAUCCCCAUGAACUUCAUCAUCUUUUGGCUCGAGUAUCUAACCUUCUUAAGUCAACUCAAUGGGAUACAAGAAUUUCAGCUGCACAUGCUGUUCAAGCAAUAAUUUCACAAGUACCUGUAUGGGAUCCAAAGCCAAAAAAAAAGAAAAUAUUUAUAGACAAAGAAGAAUUAUUACUAAUACAAAAAUCUAAUCAUAAAUUAAGUCUUGACAAUUUUGACAUGACUAGAGUACUUGCACAAAGUUUAUAUCUCACUGGUUCUGAAGGCAGUGAAUAUGAUCUUGUAGUAGUUGAAGGUGAAUCAAUAAUAGUUCAAGAUGAAAAAGAGUUAGCAGCAAAAAUAGGUUUACAUCCUCAUUUAAUGGGAGUUGAUACAACUGAUUUGUUUACUUCCGAUGAUUUAAUUUCAAUUACACCAUCAACAGCAUCAAAACUUCAAUUAGAAAAAAUAUCUAUAGAAGAAACAUUACAACAAAGAACUGGCUUAAGUAGAAGAGAGAUGAAUCGUGCUCGAAGGAAAGCUAGGCAAUCUAUAUCAAAACAACGUUCACGUGAACCAGAUGAUAACCCAGAUAUUGGAAAUUGUUCAAAUUCAACUCGUCAAAUUCCAGAAUCAUUAAAUAAAAAAAUGAAAUUAGAAGAUACUGGUAGCUUAGGAGCUUGGUAUAAUUCUAGUAAUGGUACUGUAAUUGAUUCUAGAUGUGCUGUCCCAGAUGGAACAGGAUGUUGGCCAGAUACUGCCAUUGAUUGGCCUUUAGAAGCAUUUGCAGAAAAUCUUCUUCAAGAUCUCUUUAGUUUAAAAUGGGAAAUUAGACAUGGAGCUGCAACAGCUCUUAGAGAAUUUAUAAGGCUUCAUGGUAGAGGAGCUGGAAAAUCAAGAAAUCAAACAUUGAUAGAGAUGGAGGAGAGUCAUCGACAAUGGUUAAUUGAUGCAGCACUUCGUCUUUUGUGUGUAUUAGGUAUUGAUCGCUUUGGAGAUUUUAUAUCUGAUCAAGUAGUUGCUCCAGUACGUGAAACAUGUGCACAAGCUCUUGGAUCAUUAGCUCUUUUAAUCUCUAGCAAGAAAAAAACUAAAACGAAAGAUUUAGAAAAUGGUGUAAGUAAAAGCAGUGAGAAAGAUGAAAUAGAGCGGGACAUGAAUGGUAAUCAUCGUGAUAUUUUGAGUCUAUUGUCUGUAAUGCUGAGACUUUUGGAACAUAAUGAAUGGGAAGCACGACAUGGAGCCCUACUUGCACUUAAGUAUUUAUUAGCAAUACGCAGUGAUUUGCUUGAUGAAAUACUACCUAAAGCCUUUCCAGCAAUCAUGAAAGGUCUUUCAGAUUCAGUAGAAGAUGUAGGUGCCAUGGCUGCCAGUGCUCUCAUACCAGUUGCUUCUGAUCUACCUCGACUUCUGCGUCCUACACAGCUAGAAACAAUUAUUUUAAGGCUUUGGCAACUUCUUAAGGAACAGGAUGAUCUUGCAGCAGCUUGUAAUAGUUUUAUGGGUUUACUAGCAGCAAUUCUUUCAUUACCUACAGCCAGAGCUUAUUUAACUCCUCAGCCAUUAUCAUUGAUACUGCCUCGUCUUUGGCCUUUUUUAAAUCACUCUAGUUCUAGUGUACGUAAGGCAACAUUACAAACAUUAGAAACAUUAACUGGUGAAGAAGGAGAGACUGACAUUGAUAGAGUUAGUCCAAAAGAACGUUGGGGUGAAGAAGGAGGGCUCAUUCUUCAGGAAGCGUUACGUAAUGUUUUUCAACGUGUGCUUAUUGAACAUUUGACUGGCAUUCAAGAAAUUGCAGAACGUGUUUGGAAAAAUCUCGUGGUGCGAAGUGAUCUAGAACUCUUGCUCCAUGCAGCUUGCCCACUAGUUAGUACCUGGCUUUGUCUGGCUAUGCAACCAGAACAUGUGCCUUUCAAUUCCAACCUUUUAAUAAAUGUGGCAUCACAGAAAUCUAAAAGCAAUUAUCAAGAUAGUCAAGAUUUAUGCAGUAAUCUUCAAAUGAAAUCAUCAUCGUCUUCAUCUUCAUCUUCAUCAGAACUUAAGGUUUAUAUUGGUGGUAUUGAAACAAUUGCUCAGAGUACUCGACAUUCAAAUGUCGUACGUGCUCGUUGUAUGGCGGCUCGAAUGCUUGGACUACUCUCAGGUUAUCUGGUUAAGCCAGCUCCUGGUCUUAUUUAUACUCCAGAAAUUCCAAGUCCUUCCCUUUGUUAUGCUAAAGUUUUACUUGCACAUUUAAAUUCGAGAUCAGCAUUACAAAGAACAGUUGUUGCAUUAACAAUGGCUCACUGGGCAACACUUGAUCAGAUGAAUCCACCUACAAUACCAGAUAUUCUUCGGAAACAGCUGUUUAUCUGUUUAAAUGAGUAUAUAUAUUAUGAUGAGAUAGCAGCUUCGAUGACUCGCUUACUACACGAAUGUCGUGAUUACACUGCUACUCUUAAACACUAUAAGCUGUCUCUAGCAACCGAAAUAAAUACAAGCGGCGUAAUGACUUUGGAACAAAUUGCACAGUUAGCCUCAGCGGCUAUACCAGGUUUACGAACUACCGCUUCCAAUGGACCUAUGAAUUCUACAAAUCCUGUUCUUGCCAAACUCAAACCGAAACUUAUAGAAAGUUUGGAAGACCGUCGACGGGCAUUAGAAAUGGGAGCUUUAGCAAGUUCUGCUCAGCAACAAGCCAUGCACAUUACAGCAAUGGCAGCUUUAGCUGGGGCAGCAACAAUGCUUCAUUGUCUACCAGAAGCACCACAACCCUUAAAUCCACUGGUUAAACCAUUGAUGGAGGCUAUUAAAAAAGAAGAAAAUGAAGAGUUACAAAAGUUGGCAGCCAAGCAUCUUGCGCAUCUAGUUGAUUUGUGCGUCAACAGAAUACCUUGUCCUAAUGCUAAGAUAGUGACGAAUCUGUGUACAUUUCUUUGCUCGGACGUGGAGUUCACACCCCGUGUUACUAUUUCUGAUCUUGACUAUGAACCUUUUAACGGUAUUUUAACUCUCAGUAACAGACAAAAACAUGCUGAGCGUUUAGCAUAUAAUCGUGGUACUGCAAGUGGUACUGGAGGUAGCAGAGGACCAGGUAGACCACCGACAACAGACCUUCCAUUGGAAGAACUUUUAGCCUGUGAAGAACCUGAAGCAAAAGCUUCCAGAACCAGAAGACAAGGAGCUACUGUUGCUCUUAAUGCUAUUGCAAUUUUACUGGGAGAACACCUGCCUGAUAAACUACCACAAUUAUGGAAUUUGAUGCUACCAGAAAAUUUAAAAAAUUAUGUUAUAAUGAAUCAAAAUUUGCUUUCUGCUGAAGAAGCUAAUCAACUAGUUUUUAGUCUUCAAGUACUAGAAGUAAUAGCUCCAAGUUUAAAUAAAAAAUUAAUUGGACCAAUAAUAGAGUGUUUAAACAGCAUGUGUCUACUUUUGGCCAAUCCUUAUAAAAUCGUAAGACAUAUGGCAUCACGUUGCAUUGCUGUACUUGCAUCACUUAAUACCAAGGAGACAAUGAAUUUUGUUGUUCAUAAAAUAAUUGUACUUCUCGAGACCAACACAGUAGAACCUAGCAAGAGCAAUAUUAUGACCGUACCUAACGAUGUUGAUGCUCGACGUCAAGGUGCUGCAGAAGCUCUGACAUGUCUUGUUGAAAAUCUUGGUGUUGGUAUAGUACCUUAUGCCGUACUAUUCAUGGUACCCUUGCUGGGAAGAAUGAGUGAUCAGAAUCAAGCUGUUCGAUUAGCUUGCAGUGCAACUUUCGCUACCCUUGUUCAACUACUACCCUUGGAACCCGAAGCUAUUGAUGCAUCUCAACUUACUGAAGAAAAAACUCAGGAGAGACAUUUUCUUGAACAAUUGUUAAAUCCUCGCAGUAUUCCCGACACUGAAUUAACAAUACCAGUGGCUGCAGAAUUACGUUCCUAUCAACAACAGGGCCUCAAUUGGCUCAGUUUUCUGAAUCGCUAUCAACUACAUGGAGUCCUUUGUGAUGAUAUGGGGUUGGGGAAAACCUUGCAGACCCUUUGUAUUCUAGCACUUGAUCAUCAUCGUAAUAAACAAUUGCCAUCAAGCUUGGUUGUGUGCCCACCUACUCUUACAGGACAUUGGGUUUACGAAGCCGAAAAAUUUUUUGAAACAAAAGUUCUUUCGGUAAUACAAUACACUGGAAAUCCUGUAGAACGUGAGAGACUGCGUUCCCGUGUCCUGCAAUACAGGUUAGUCGUUGCUAGUUAUGAUAUAGUAAGAAAAGAUAUUGAUUUCUUUGAGGCAAUUCAAUGGAACUAUUGUGUACUUGAUGAGGGACAUGUCAUUAAGAAUGGAAAAACCAAAAGCGCUAAGGCAGCAAAAAAAUUACACGCUCAUCAUCGUUUAAUCCUAUCUGGAACUCCAGUACAAAAUGAUGUUUUAGAAUUGUGGUCCCUUUUUGAUUUUUUGAUGCCUGGCUUUUUAGGUAGUGAAAAACAGUUUGCUGCAAAAUAUUCUAGACCUAUUCUGGCCUGUCGUGAACCAAAAGCUGGAGCAAAGGAUCAAGAAGCAGGUGCCUUAGCUAUGGAAGCUCUUCAUCGACAAGUAUUGCCGUUUUUAUUAAGGCGAAAUAAGGAAGAUGUAUUACAAGACCUUCCUCCAAAGAUAACACAAGAUUAUUAUUGUGACCUCUCAAUAUUACAAAAAACUCUAUAUGAAGAUUUCAAAUCAAAACACUCUGUAGCAUUAAUUAAUAAUGCUACUUCAUCAAAUAAUCCACAUGGAGGACACGUAUUUGAAGCCUUAAGAUACCUUAGAAAUGUUUGCAAUCAUCCAAAACUUGUUCUUAGCACAAAACAUCCACAGUAUCAAACGGUUAUCAACAUGCUAAAACAACAACACAGUAGCCUUGCAGAUAUUGAACAUGGAGCUAAACUUCCUGCUUUAAAACAGUUGUUAUUGGAUUGUGGUAUUGGCCAUCCACAACAACAAACUACACGUAAUUCUAGUGGAUCAAAUAAUGAUAAUCAGCAACAAGCACAGCUUGUGAGUCAACAUCGUGCUUUGAUAUUCUGCCAACUAAAAGCUAUGUUAGAUAUUGUAGAACAUGAUCUAUUACGCAUACAUUUACCAAACGUUACAUAUCUUAGACUUGAUGGUAGCGUUCCGGCUGCUCAACGUCAUUCAGUUGUCGCUCGUUUUAACGCUGAUCCAUCCAUUGAUGUACUACUAUUGACAAGUCAAGUAGGUGGACUUGGGUUAAAUCUUACUGGAGCUGAUACAGUUAUAUUUGUUGAACAUGAUUGGAAUCCUAUGAAAGAUUUACAAGCGAUGGAUCGAGCUCAUCGCAUUGGUCAAAAAAAAGUUGUUAAUGUUUAUAGACUUAUUACUCGACAAACUUUAGAAGAAAAGAUCAUGGGACUUCAAAAAUUUAAAUUACUCACGGCAAACACAAUUAUAUCUACUGAUAAUGCUUCUCUUGAAACUAUGAAAACAGAACAGUUAUUGGACUUAUUUUCAUUGGAUAAUGAUAAAAAAAUACAAAGUGAUACUAUAGUAGAAGAAACAGGUGUUACAAAGAUGAAUACACUACCUGGAGUAAAUAAAACAGUUUUAGAUAUUCUACCUGAACUCUGGGAACAUCAACAAUAUGACGAUGAAUAUGACAUGGAUUCAUUUUUAACAACGUUAAAGGCUGCCUUUCAAUAACAAAAACAAAAACAGCUCAUUUGUAAUGAAUUACACAAAUAUGUGUGUAAUGUUUGAUGAAUAUUUUGUGCAAAUCAUUUUUAAAACAAAUACUUUUAUAGACACAAAUUAA